CAGGCAGCCAUUAGCAGACAGCUGGGCUAGGCUGAGAGCAAGAAGCAGCAGCUAAGGGAGCGCUCAGCUAUGGGGGAAACAAAUUGGUUCGGGAACAGAAAGGAAUCGGCCCAGGGGAAGCCAAAGGCAUGAGCGGACCGGCCCAGACACAAAGCAGGCGAGCAGGAAGCUAAAGCAGGGAUUUCCCGAGAGCAAGAACCGAGAUCAAAGGGAAAUGAGGGACUUUUCAGAAAGAAUCCGGGACUGCGGCUGAGCUGUCAAAAUUGUGACUGUCCUGCGAAAAUCGGGACAGUUGGGAGGUGGCUUUCCUGGUGCAAAUGCAUAAGGGCAAUUGUAGCCUCCAAACUCAAGGGAUAUGAAUGGUGACUAAGAAGAAAAGGUCCUAAUGGCCUCCAGAAAACAUGAAAGCCUUUUUUUUGCAAGUGCUAGUGAUUCCAACCCAGAUUGGAUAAAAAAUGAAUAUAGCAGUGAACUGAAAAAGAACAUUGAUCUUCAACAGACAGUCCAUAGAACAGAAAAUCCAUGUGAAAUAUAUACCAAAUACUCUGCUACAAGUGUACAUCUACCUGUGGGCCAGCGCUCUAAUAAACUAAACCCAGUCUGUUUUUCUAUUCAUAAAUGCAGUGUCUGUGGGAAGCAGUUUUCUCGGAAGUCAGACUUGACAGUGCACAAAAGGAUUCACACGGGUGAAAGGCCUUAUAAGUGUUCAUAUUGUGGAAAGGGCUUCUGCCAGGCCUCCAUGGUACGGCGACAUGAGAGAACUCAUACAGGUGAAAAACCCUAUCAGUGCUCUGACUGUGACAAGUCAUUUUCUCGCUCCACCUCCCUACUGAUCCACAGGAGCAGGCACACUGGGGAGAGGUCCUUAAGAUGUGACUGUGGCCGAACUUUUAUUAACAAGGCAUUUCUUCAAAGGCAUCGGAAGACUCAUAUGUAUCAGCCACAUCCUUGCAAUAUUUGUGGUGAAGUUUUCAAAAACCAACUCGGUCUCAGGGUGCACAAGCGUAGCCAACACUCUGAGAAAUCUUAUAACUGCUCUGAAUGUGGAAAAUGCUUUGUACAAAUACACCUGUUAAAGAAACACCUAAAGAAGCAUGCCGAUGAAUGCCCUAAAGUGUUCCGCACAAAGACAAGGGAAGACACAGCUGAUUCCUUUAGUAUACAACAGACUUCUCUUUGGCAUCUAGGGGAGAAAAAGCUUAAACCUGAAGAAGAAAAUAUCCCUUUGGACUGCUCUGCCUCCCCUAGGAACUCUGUUUGCCUCGAGUGUGGCAAGACAUGCAGCAACCCUACCUCAUUACAGAAACAUCAGUUGUUUCAUGGCCAGGGAUCUCUUAUUUGUGCAGAGUGUGGAAAAACCUUUGUUCGGAAGUCUGACUUGACCGUUCAUUUACGAAUACAUUCAGGGGAGAGGCCUUACAGUUGUUCAUACUGUGGAAAAUGCUUUUGUCAAGCUUCCAUGUUAAGACGACAUGAGAGAACACACACGGGUGAGAAACCCUACCAGUGCUCAGAGUGUGAUAAAUCUUUUGCACGUUCUACUUCUUUGCUUAUUCACAGGAUUGCUCACAUUAAAGAUAAGCCAUUUAAAUGCAAGUCUUGUGCCAUGACCUUCUCCAACACCACUCAGCUUCGUCAACACACUAAAACACACAGGUCUUCUAUAAAAGUCCCAUGCGAUAUGUGCAAUAAUUCAUGUGGUCAGGCUCAUACGUGCAGCCUACAUGGCUCAGGGCAGUUAAGUGAAGAUCCCUUUCUCUGUUCUGACUGUGGAAGGACUUUUAAUAGUGAUCUAGGAUUGCAGAGACACUUACUUACACAUGCCCAGCAGCCCUUUCCUUGUAAGAUAUGUGGUGUUGUUUUAAAUAGCCGGUUUGACUUUAGAAUCCAUCAGCGCAGUCAUCCACCUGAUAGGCCAUUUAUCUGCUCUCAUUGUGGUAAAAACUUUCCACGCUUAAACCUUUUACGCAUUCACCAGAACACCCACACUGGUAGCAGACCCUAUGAGUGCUCCUUUUGCAAAAAGACAUUUUCAGACCCUUCUACCUUGCGUCAACAUCGGCAAAGGCACCAAGGGGUGAAGCCAUCUUUAUUUAAAGAUAAGGCUCUUCCUGUAAAUCAGGAGAGUUCCAAUCCCACAAUAAAAACACAUGGCUGCCCUUCAGUAUGUCCAGAGUGUGGCAAGACUUUCAGCAACCCUUCAGCAUUACAAAAACACCAGCAGUCACAUGAGAAAGAAUCCUUACUUUGUGCUGAAUGUGGAAAGAAUUUUUCCAGAAAAUCAGACCUAACAGUUCACUUGAGAAUCCAUACAGGUGAGAGGCCUUAUAAAUGUUCAUACUGUGGGAAGGACUUUUGCCAAGCAUCCAUGGCACGAAGACACGAAAGGACCCACACAGGAGAGAAGCCAUACCAGUGUUCAGACUGUGAAAAAUGCUUUUCUCGCUCUUCCUCUCUGCUGAUCCACAGGAGCAAACAUAUUGAUGCCAAACCAUUUAAAUGUGUUUCCUGUGAGCAGACUUUUUCUAAUGCAGGCCAACUACACGUUCACUUAAAGACUCAUGAAGAAAAUGUAAAUAAUCCUUUAAAGAACAACCUCCCUAAUGAGAAACGACAGGUUCAUUAAAACAUUUAGCAUUUCAUAUUUAACAUUUGGAAUAAUGAUUAUAAUGAUGAAGGUUUGCUGAUAUGAGGAAGUUUCCAGGCUAAUGUAACGCACACACAUGCACACACCAAAUACAUACAUGCUAUAAUUAAUCUCCUUUGGUGAUUUAAGGUUGCCAUAGACUUGCCAAUAAACCCUUCUGACUAGGCCCCUCUACACCGCGUUGGGUCUACUAACUGAUAUCUGCCUGUCUAUCAGGCAGGUAAGAACAUAAUUUUGGACAUGGGGCACGCCAGUGAAUGGCAAUAAUGGGUCAUCUUUUACACCCUGUGGUUUAUGCCUUGUCUGAAAUUUAUUUUUCUUAUUAUAUAUGCAUUAACAUAGGGCCACAGGGGCAAGAGUUAUGCUCUGCUAUGAACUGGACUAGUCUAGUGACCCAAGUAUAGCCAUGGCAGUUGCCCAGUAUGCCAAUGAAAAACACAGUGUCCUGCCCCUAAGUGAUGCUCACCUUUAUAUUUAUACCGGUAUAUUAUAACUUUGUAAGGCUUUUGUGAGUCCCUGAGAACAAACUUUAUCAUUUAGUAGGUUGAUAAAAAAUGAUCACUGUAUAUGUCAUUUGGUAAGGCCCAUUAGUAGCCAUUAUCGUUCCAGCUAAUGCUUGUUUGGGUACACUUUUGGUAAUGUUCAAAAUUUUAAUUUAUUGAGUGCUGUAUGAUGUUGCAUAUGUGUGUGUGCACAGGGGCCCUAAGCAUAUCUAACUCUAAGGGCUCUGGCACACGUGAAGACUAGUCGCCCGCGACUAAUCUCCCUGAAAUGCCAUCCCACC